CUGAUACGGAUGCUCACACGGAUGUUCAAUAUGAACUCUUCAAGAUUAAGAGAUAUAGUCGCCGUGAUAGGUACCACCGGCUCAGGCAAAUCACAACUGGCAGUCUCACUCGCUCGAUCACUCGACACCCUUCCUUCCUAUGUCGCAUCCCCUACCGACACGAGGACCAUCCCGACCAAGGCCGUGGUCUUGUCGGCGGACUCGAUGCAGCUGUAUCGCGGAUUGGACGUCAUCACCAAUAAAGCUAGUGUGGAAGAACAAUGUGGGGUGGAACAUUGGGGUAUGAAUAUGGUUUCUCCUGGUGAGCCGAGUUGGGAAUUGGGAAGAUGGUGUCUUGAAGCUGGUACGAAGAUUGACUCUCUGGAAAAUUCAACCCUCCCUAUCAUUUGCGGAGGAACACAUUACUUCAUACAACAUUUCUUGUUUCCCCCCUCUGAGCUGUCCAUUGUACGGCCUCCUACUGGUUCCCUGAAGGGUAAGGAUAAAUGGACACCACCGUGUCCACGACCGAGCACUUCAGGUUUAGGAGAAGAAUGGGAAAUGUUGUUAAAUACCUUCUGGACUAAUCAGCCCAUAUGGCCAAAAUCUUCCUCGAAUCAGGGUCAUGAACAAGAAACGCAGAGAAGAGGCGCAAGUCGUACCACGUUGCGGGAAGCUCAUCUCUUAGCUUUACAUCAAUUGUUACAAGCCGUCGAUCCGAAAGAAGCUGGAAGAUGGCAUUGGCGUGAUGGACGUAAAGUCCGAAGAGGGUUAGAAAGGUGGUGGGAGCGAUGUGGGUCUUGCGCAAGCGGGACGAUGUCACAGGAUGAAUCAACUCGAGCUAAAUUCCGUACAUUGAUUUUCUGGGUAUACGAAGGGAUGGAUACUCUUGGGCCGAAGCUGGAUAAGAGGGUGGACAAGAUGUUAGAGAAUGGUCUGUUGAAAGAGAUUGCGGAAAUGCGUGAGAUUGCGACACGGAUAUAUGGGUCAAGCGAACAAGUGGACUACACAGAAGGGAUCUUUCAAUCCAUCGGCUUCAAAGAAUUCUCCUCUUUACCUCUCGACAUCACCAACAUCAACGCCGCUCGGUCUGAUCCUCAUUUUUCAACCAUGUUGAAUCGUAUGAAAUUGUCUACUCAGCAAUACGCCCGAUCACAAUUGAAAUGGAUCAGAAAGCAGCUGCUUCCGGCUGUCGGUGAGGCUAGAGAGUUAGGAGGGGAGGUGUGGGUUUAUGUGAUUCCAGGCGGAGAAGAGGGAGAGAAAGUGGCAAGAAAUAUCUUAUCUUGUUUUCUGCGAGAUGAAGAUAUGCCAGAUCCAAAAACGAUAGGACAUUCACAGGCUGUGGAGUUGCUUCAAGUCUUGGAAGAGUCAGGGAUGAAAGUACCGGAUACGGCCGAGAGACAGAUAGUUAACGCAAGGAAAGAAUGUCCACUAUGUUCGGAAACUGGUAGACCAUUCUCCGUCUUGGCAAAAGAAUGGAGAAAACAUCUGUCUUCUCGAGUACAUAGACGGUGA